GUCAACAGUAUCAUCACACUCAGUUUUAGACCAACUAGCCACAAGCAAGACAAGCGCCUUACAAGCUGCAUACUUUAAUAGCCAUUGUCCUAUAUUCUAAAACUUAACCACAAGAAGCACCUGCAAUCGUACAACAGUCAGUUUUCACUGUACUAGAGAAACAACAAUUCAACAAAUCACAAUGAAUUUUGAAAGUGUACCGUCCAAGUCAGAGGUGAUGAACUGGAACUCUGGAAACUUGGCUGACUAUCUCAAAAAAAUGAAACUGGUGGGGUGUGACAGAGUGGUGAAGAAAAGCAAUAUGAACGGUGCAAAAUUUCUGAAUAUGACUGAUAAGGACCUUAAGAAGUUCCCCACAGCACAACUACCAUUAAUCACAAAGAUCUGCAGAGAUAUUAAUCAGAACAACAAACAAAAGAAGGCCAUGUUUCAUAGAUCAGAUCAUCGGAUGCCUCCAAACCAAGAACCUGCUCCAGGAGGUUGGGAUUCUGAUGAAUUCGACCAAGAUGGAAGUGACAACGACUACGAGGAGCCAGAUAGUAAUGAGUUUGAAGACAAUUACAUAUGCGCAGCAUCAUGUGAUAAUGAGGAAGAUGGUGAUUGUGAAGAUGACUAUGAACCACCUCCUACUGAUACACCUUCUGAAAUACCGUCUCACUUUCGUGUUGCCAAGCCUUUGGGCGACGGUGAUUAUUUAGACAGCGGUCCACGUGGUUCUGCCAGACCACCAGCUGUUCCGAGAGGGCUUUUGAAUAUAUCUAAGCCUCCAUCACGACCAGAUCCCUCUCCACACAGGCCUUUCAUUCCCCCCAAUCAAUUCAAACCUGGUGCGCCAAAGAUAGAUCGGACUAAGAAACCUGGCACAUCCACUCUGCCAAAAUUUGGCAAAUCAGCAAUAAACCAAAACACCUCACCAGCGGCUCCAAAAUCAGCAACUUUACCCUCACAACGAUUUAACACCCAACAGAUGGAUGACUUUCCUCCUCCUCCACCUGUAGAAAUGAAUGUGAUGAUGGGGCAGGACAUGGAUCCACGGUGGUACGUGGGGCAAAUGUCACGAGGAGAAGCCGAAGUCUCACUCAGACAAAUGAACAGAGAUGGCACUUUCUUGGUGAGAGACAGUUCAAAGGGCGGCAGUGAGCAGCCAUACACACUCAUGGUUCUGCACCAGCAAAAAGUGUACAACAUCCAGAUCCGUUUCCUUGGAAACAGCAAUGGAUAUUCCCUGGGCACGGGCCUAAAUGGUAUCGAGAAUUUCUCCAGUGUCAUGGAAAUAGUGGCGCACCACAUGAAGACCCCACUGAUUCUGAUAGACGGAAUGGAGCACGGAGCCAGACCUCAUCGGCAGUGCUGCCUCAUGCACCCGGCGGGUUUCUGACCCGCAAAGCAGAAGAGCCAAACAGACAGACUGUUAUGGAGUUCAGACACUUAGUCUGGUGAAAUGCAGGAACUGCAAUGUUGGCAAUCAACACCGGAUAUCUAAGCACUGAAAAAUGAAGUACAAGACUGAAUUAAUAAAUCAUAUUCAGUUUAAUUCGGUCAGACAAGACUGUCUACACUUUUUAAAUUGAGAA